AUGUCGGGUCGCCACUACCAGUAUCGCCCCAACGCCAAGAUCAACUUCAACGACCUGUCGGUAGCCGAGGUGCUCUGGCUCAACGCAAAGCAGAUAGGCCACCAGGUAGGCCGGUGGGCCGUCGGUCCGUGGCGGAGGAUGGCCAUCGCGGCGGGCAGGAGGGUAGCGCACCAAGUGCGUCGCAACCUCACGUCUCGCCGGCUGCUGAGCUUCCCGCAUGUGCUGGUCGUGUUUUGGGUCUUUGUGCUGCUCUAUGGGGAGAGGUGGGUGUUUGAUGGGAAGGUGGCCAACUGCGAUUGGGAUCAUUGGGAGAAAUGGCCGAAAGAUGCGAAACCUCACCACCUCGUCUUCGUUGCCGACCCUCAACUUAUCGAUCCGCAUUCCUACCCCGGCCGACCAUGGCCUCUAAACCCCCUGACGGUGCUCAUAACCGACAACUACCUCAAGCGCGGCUAUGGCGCGAUGCAGCAUCGGCUGCACCCGGACAGCGUAUUCUUCCUCGGCGACCUUUUCGACGGCGGCCGCGAGUGGAAGACGAGCAAGGGCAACUUUGUCGAUCCGAAAUGGGGACGGGGACGUUCCAAGGACGAGAAGAAAUGGGUCCAGACAUGGCACAACAAAUACGGAGACGACUUUUGGCUGCAAGAGUAUGAGCGAUUCGGGGAUAUUUUCCUCGACAGCUGGAACAAGGGCGGCGAGGUGCCUGGAUCCUGGCAGCGCGGGCGAAAGCUUGUCGCCAGUCUUCCAGGUAAUCAUGACUUGGGUUUUGGCGCUCAGGUUCAGGUUCCAGUGCGGGAUCGCUUCAGCGCAUUCUUUGGCGAUGUGAAUCGCGUGGAUGUUGUCGGAAACCACACCAUCGUGUCGGUCGACUCGGUUUCUCUGAGCGCAGACACCUCCGAGUACAAGAACCAGCACGAUCUGAGGCCGAUUUACGGGCCCGUAAACGAAUUUCUGGAGGGCGUCAAGGUCACGAAGCGGAAGGCUGUGGAAGAGGAGUUGCGCCAUUGGCAUGAUCUUCAGGGGGGACUGCAUUACCCGCAUGAUGUCGAGGAACUGGACAAGUCGAAUCCUACCUGGGGUCGUGCUGUUGAUACUGAGGCGGCUUCUCAGGGACCCGACUUUCCUACGAUUCUUCUUACUCACGUCCCAUUGUAUCGUGCGCCUGGCACCCCUUGCGGGCCGAAACGCGAGCAUUGGCCCCCGGCGAAGCCUCCCAAGGGACAAAAGGGGCCGGUUAUCCCUGACGAACCGAAUGCUAUCAGCGUCGUGGGAGGAUACCAGUAUCAGAACGUGCUCAACGAGGCUGAUUCGGUCAAGUUGGUGAAGAGCAUUGGCAACGUCAAGCACGUCUUUUCUGGAGACGACCACGACUACUGCGAGGUGGUGCACUCAGAUGCGAAGGAGAACGUUCGCGAAAUCACGGUCAAGAGUAUGAGCAUGGCCAUGGGCGUCCCCACGCCUGGUUUCCUUAUGGUCAGCUUGUACAACCCUGUUGAUGCUAAGGGCAAGCCUCUUCCAGGAGCGCCAGAACAGACGAUUCAGACGCAUCUGUGCCUUUUGCCCAACCAGUUCCAUACCUAUAUGGAGUAUAUCGUCUUUCUCAUCGUCACCCUCGUCCUCCUAACCGUUCGGGCAUUCCUCGUUCCCGCCCUCUCACUCACACCUUUCGCCCUUGAGCCUGAGAAGCAAUCCGCCUCAACCGUCCUACCUCUGUAUAAGGACAAGAUGGAUCCUCCUGAGGCCUUUCCUUCGCGCACAACAUCGUCGUCAGGCACGUCGGCGCACCAUCUCCCCUCGCGGCUCUCUGCCGCAGCGCCACGCAACGCCCGGAGCAAGUCUCCCGCGCCUUCAGCCUCGCCCCGGUGGCAAGCGCGGCGCGGAGCGGGCGGAGGCCGGAAUGCCAAGCGUUGGGGAUGGGGAGCCGACGGCGGGCCGCGGAUCCAUCUUGACACCAGUCUCUUUGACGCGGGGACCCAGGAGAGGCGUGUUGGUGGUAGAAAGGCUCUCAGCGUGGUUGGACGCGAGCUGUGGACGACGACAUGGCGUGUGGCAUGGAUGGCGGUGUUGUUCUGGGUUUAUCUCAACUAG